UGGCGCAAACCGGAAGUCGUCAUAACUGGCCGCCUUAAAAAAAAGUUUAGUGUUGCUGCGGAGAGCUGCUGCUGAAAUAUACAGUCUUUUGGAUGAAACGCGUCGUUACUUCUUGAUUUCUUCUAACAUAUUAAUAGCUCAACAUAUUAACUUUGUACUUGGAGGUUUCAGAGCAGACAGCCGCGAAGAAGUCACACAGGAAUGUUGGCUGUCUUAGUUAGCAAGUGUAGCUAACGAGACCACUGGAGCUAGUUAGCAUCGUUGUUUCAAUGGAUUAUGUUCAAUAAAUUCACGUCAGGUCGUUUUUAAAAUUGCUGACCAGUUUCUUAAAUGGAUGAGCACAAGGAGAACAUUAAUGCCAAAGACGUCAAUGUGAAGAUGUCCGAUACGAGAGAAGAUAACAAGGCGAAGCCUUGCAGCAGGCUUUGUCCUGCAGAGGAAUCUGUCCCUGAGUUGUCCCCUUCUGAGUCAAACAAGGACUUCAGUCACCCGGUGUACAAAGAGAUCGCUCUGGCUAACGGACACAUCAACCGCAUGUCCAAGCAGGAACUUAGGACAAAGUUGGCAGAGCUGCAGCUGGACACAAGAGGUGUGAAGGAUGUGAUGAAGAAGAGGCUGAAGAGCCACUAUAAGAAGCAGAAGCUGCUGCAGUCGGCAGCAGAGGGAGGACCCACUGACACCUACUACGACUACAUCUGUGUGGUGGACUUUGAAGCAACAUGUGAGGAGGACAAUCCCUCAGAUUUCCAUCAUGAAAUCAUCGAGUUCCCCAUGGUUCUAAUCAACACACACACUUUAGAAAUUGUGGACUCUUUUCAGGAAUAUGUAAAACCAGAGUUGAACCCCACGCUUUCAGACUUUUGUAUAAAGUUAACAGGGAUUACACAGAAAAUGGUCGACGAUGCAGACCCAUUUCAAGAUGUUCUCCAGCGAGUUGUAACUUGGCUUCAGGAGCGAGAGCUCGGGACAAAGUAUAAAUACGCCAUCCUGACUGAUGGGGCCUGGGAUAUGAGCAAGUUCCUGAACAUCCAGUGUCAGCUUAGCCGGAUCAGAUAUCCUCAGUUCGCUAAGAAGUGGAUAAAUAUAAGGAAAUCGUAUGGAAACUUCUACAAGGUCCCGCGCACACAGACCAAGCUGAGCACCAUGCUGGAGAACUUGGGUCUGAAGUAUGAAGGUCGCCCUCACAGCGGUCUGGACGAUUCGCGCAACAUCGCCAGGAUAGCUUUACGCAUGCUGCAGGACGGCUGUCAGCUGCGAGUCAAUGAACGCAUGCACGCCGGCCAGCUGCUGUCAGUUCCCAGCUCGGCUCCUGUGGAAGGAGCUCCUCCACCUCAUGGCCCCCGCAGCAGGGACAGGGAGUAACACCACAAACUGAUGCUUGUGCUUACAGGAACCCCACAUCUGUCUGGACUCUUAAGCCCCAUGACGUACAGAGAAAAUGAAAGCUAUGAAGCACUUUUACAGUCUGUUUUGUCGUAAAAGUUACAGUUGUUGAAAGAUAUUUUCGUCUGACCAAUAAAUGUGGUCGGUAUUUUGAUUUAAGAUUCAUAUUUGAGGGUUCCUCUCUGACCUCUGUAUAUUUUUACACCGGAUGUCUGUAAGCAGAGAUCAUUCCAGUGUGUUGUGGGAGGAGCUUCUUCCUCGUUGUCAGUCAGUUAAAACCUCCCUCACCCGCCUUAUCAAGCUGCUAAUAUCCGUCAGAUAAUUUGAUUAAAAUGCCUUUCUGUUGUCCCAUGACAGUGUGAAAAUGUGUUAAUUCUUCAGGCAUUCAAAUUGGACAUUAUUGAUCAUCUUUCAGCUUCACACCCACCAUGUCAGUGUCAGCUUUGGCGUUUAAAACUGUACAUCUGUCUAACUUGUAUUAAUCACAAGAUUCUUCACAAGUGCUGCUGCUGCUGUUUGAAGUGCUACAUAACACAUUUGACCAUUUGUCACUUUUCCAGAGGGGGUUAAAGGUUUGGAAACAGUCCCGUGGACUUGACUUGUCUGUAUAGAGAUCCUAUAGAACAAAGUGAUAGAUGCACAGAUGUUUAGUCCAUCUGUAAUAAGUACUGCUGUAAGAGUUAGACCUGUGUCAUCUUUUGUAUUGAUGUUGAAUUAAUUUUUAUUUCAUGGAGGAUGUUCUAUUUUAACAGGAAAUAAAUAUUCUUCUGAAUGACAAAUGGCACAAAAA